AUGGUUCAACCAGUUUCCUUGACAAGAGUAUCACCUAUAACAGAUAGGGCAUAUUGUUUUUAUUGUUAUCUUUUUUGGAAUGAUGGAAAUCCGUCCAAUUGUUCGGCACUGGUAACUUCUGGAUAUAACAAAUGGAAAAGGGUAAAUGACGGAUCAAAAUGUACGUUUCUUAUGCAUUUGCAAUCAUCGGAUCAUAACAUGUGUGAGAGAAGAGCUAAAGAUGUAAUGAAACCAUCUCAACAUAUUGAUAAAGUGAUGCAUACCGUAUCGAAUUUAGAAGUUGAGAAACGUCGUUUACGUUUAAAGACUUCAAUUCGAAGUGUUCGAUGGCUAUCAUUUCAAAGUUGUUCCUUCAGAGGUCAUGAUGAAUCUCCAGUUUCAUUGAAUAGCGAAAAUUUUCUUGAAAUGAUAAAAAUUUUGGCAGAAACGAAUACAGAAAUUGAUCAAGUUGUUUUGAAGAAUGCUCCAAAAAAUGCCCAAUACAUUGCUCCGAGUAUUCAAAAAGAAAUCUUACACAUAAUGGUAAAUAGAGUAAGAAUGAUGAUUCGCGAAGAAAUUGGGGAUGAAUACUUUUGUAUUCUUGUAGAUGAAGCACAAGAUACAUCUAAGAGAGAACAAAUGGCCAUUAUUUUGAGGUUUGUGAAUCGUCACGGUAUUUUGAUGGAACGCUACUUUGAUAUCAAAAGCGUUAGUCACACUACAUCAUCAAAUCUAAAAACUGAGAUUUUAAGUGUUCUUGCUCAACAUGAACUUGAGGUGGCAAAAAUGAGAGGCCAAGGAUAUGAUGGUGCAACUAAAGAAGUUGAUGUUAUUUGGGAGUUCUUUUCUCAUUUGGACAAUAUUGUCAACAUUAUCACUUCUUCCCCUAAGCGCAUUACAGAGUUACAUUUUGCUCAAAGAAAUGAAAUUGAGCAUAUGUUAGCUACUGGGGAGUGUGAGUCGAGAAGAUGA